UGUGCAUUAUAUCACAGUUCUUCAAAUGCGCAAAGCUCAGCCGAAUUAAAAAGCAUGUCAGUCAUUUGAACAUGAAACAAUGCAUAUGUUAAUCAGGAGAAUAAUGAAUGAUUGAAUGAAAGUGUAGACUGUGAGAUUUCAGGCUCCACUGUGUGAGUAACCAUCCACACAGCGCCCGUCUGUGCCCAGGCUGCACACCACAUCCCUCUGAGCGCCGAGGAGGAACGGAGAGGCAGAGCAGCAGGUCUCCGACAUGGCUAAGGAAGGAGCAGAUAUGACCGAGGAAACCGAGUACAUGAUAAACAAAAAUGUGGGGAAAGAGCCGGAAAACGUGGAAACGACCGGCGAUGCCAAAGAAAUGCGAGCGGUGAUACUGGCAGGUUUUGGAGGUCUAAACAAACUCAGGGUAACCAAGAAGGCAAUGCCCGAGCUUCAGGAUGGUGAAGUGAAGAUCCGCGUCAAAGCAUGUGGCUUGAAUUUCCUGGAUCUAAUGGUACGUCAGGGGACUAUUGAUAAUCCUCCCAAACCUCCAGUUGUCCCCGGGUUUGAAUGCUCUGGAAUAAUAGAGUCAGUGGCUGAAAACACAGCAGGAUUUGAGAUAGGCGACAGAGUUAUGGCUUUUGUGAAUUACAAUGCCUGGGCAGAAGUGGUUUGCACACCAGUGGAUUUUGUCUACAAGAUGCCAGAUGAAAUGACUUUUGCUGAGGCUGCCGCAUUCUCCCUGAACUUUGUGGCUGCCUAUAUGAUGCUCUUUGAGGUUGCCAAUCUACGAGAAGGGAUGUCAGUGUUGGUUCACUCAGCAGGAGGUGGUGUAGGUCAAGCUGUGGCUCAGCUGUGCUCUACUGUACCUAAUGUCACAGUCUUUGGGAUCGCCUCAUGUUUCAAACACACGGCCAUCAGAGACUCGGUGACUCACCUUUUUGACAGAAACAUCGAUUAUAUGCAAGAAGUCAAAAAGAUUUCUCCAGAGGGCGUAGACAUCGUGUUGGACUGUCUGUGUGGGGAAAACACAGGGAAAGGCCUCACUCUGCUGAAGCCUUUGGGAACUUACAUCCUCUAUGGCGCAUCAAACAUGGUAACUGGGGAAACAAAGAGUUUCUUCAGCUUUGCAAAAUCCUGGUGGCAGGUGGAGAAGGUGAACCCAAUUAAACUAUACGAGGAGAACAAAGUUAUAGCAGGAUUCUCACUCCUCAACCUCCUCUUCAAGCACGGGAAAAGUAGUCUUGUGAAAUCAGUGAUGGACAAACUGUUGUGUCUCUAUGACCAAAAGAAAAUCAAGCCGGUAGUGGACUCCUUAUGGGCGCUGGAGGAGGUAAAAGAGGCCAUGCAGAGGAUUCAUGACAGAGGCAAUAUAGGAAAACUCAUUCUUGAUGUCGAGAAAGCUCCCACCCCUCUGAUGGCCAGCGACAGCACAGAAACCAGUGAAGCAGGAGAGGAAGAAGAGGAGCCAGAGGGAGACAACGACAGCAAGGAGCGAAUGCCUUUCAUCCAUUAAACCAGGCAGUGCAACACCGAGAGAGACUGGAGAGGCUGCACGCUUUUCCCACAGACAGACACAGUGUUGUGCAGUGUACGUGUGUGCAUAUGUAUGUAUGUAUGUAUGCAUGUGCUUUAUGCAUGUAUGCACGAAUGUAUGUAUGUGCAGAAUAUGUUUGUGCUGCUUGUCUGUAGCCUUAUGUUUGUCAGUUGAUUGGUCAAACUAAAGUUUUGGGUAAACGAAGACUAACAACAUGUUUGAGUUAACACGUGCAAGUGGCAUUCUCAAAAUAGUUAUUAUUAUAUUCUUUACCAUAUUAAGUGAUAUUAUGCUAGUCAGUGAUGUGAAUAGGAUUGCCUAUCUGCCAUCUGUUGCAUCUGCCAACAGCCUGUUAAAUGAAUAAGCAUUUUAAACCUGCUGACUCACUGCUAUCACUUUAAGAUUAGCACCCUUAAAAACAGAUUCAGUAAAUGUCUGUCACGCAUGUCUGUCCUCAGAGAUGACAGUCGUAAAACGAGAGCAAACUAUUGACGUACGUUUGAGAAAAUGCAUUGACGCUUCUGACCAAGGGAGUGAAUCAUUUUCUCAUGUUACAAUAGUGUUGAAGUCAGUACAGGUAGACAUGUGUACAUAUGUCUAUGAUAUUUUAUUCUUCUGCCAAACAGUGUAAUAUUAUGGGAUCACUCGUGCCUUUGAGCUACAAGUGUUUGAUACUUGAACUGCUUUCCUCGUGUGGAGCAUGCAUUGAAAAAGGUAUUUUGAACUGAAAUAUAUAUAAAAAAAAAUACAUUUAAAGAUUCUUCCUCGCCUGAUCAUAUAAUUUGUCGGAAGGUGAAUCUAUGCUGCCACCAGAGCUCUGAUAUAUUUUCCCACUAAACUACACGUAAAAACAGAAGAACAUGAGAUAAAUCAGUGAUUUCCUUAGCGGAGGAUGAUGACGUGGCCAGUCAGACUGCAGUCUCUGCUUCGCUUAUCUGAUCAAAGUUGUAUACUUGCUGGUGCCUCACAACGAAAGUGCCAUAAGACUCCAACAUGAAUUAUUUUGAUGUAUAAAAACAUUUAGGUUUUGAGCAACACUGUGUAUUACUUUAUUUAAGCGUGAUGCCAUCUGCUUUACUCCACGUUAGUUGGUAGUGAAAUGCAGGAGAACGGCUGGCAGGGAGCAAAUGUUCGCCACUCACACUCACCUACUACAGAUUCCUGCUGUAUUUUUUAUUUUCCAUCUAUCAAAGUAAAAACAAACUGCACUGUAUCUCAUUUUCACUAUUUCUUCAGCCAUGCUUAUUCAGUGUGUUUUAUAGCAAUCAGCCAUUUGAAUUAUUUAUUACUUUAUUUGAGUACACAUUAAAAAAAUAUUUUCUCAACUGUUAAAACAAUAAAACAAGUCAGUGUUUUCAUAAUCAUGCCAUUUUAAGAAAUGAAAAAUGUAUCACCUUAGUAACAGCAACACUAACUGGAGUAAACGCUGCAUGCUUUGAAGUUGAAUGAUGAACAGUGGCGACAGUUAUUAGAUUUAGAAAUUGAUUUCUGGAUGUAGAAAUGAGGAUAAUGCUGUGUAGACAUAAUGCUGUGUAGACACUUUGUCUCAGUUUUGAUGCCUUUAAUGUCAGGUCUGUUUGUGUGUGUGUGUGUGUGUGUGUGUGUGUGUGUGUGUGUGUGUGUGUGUGUG